UGAGGGUGGAGAGCACGGAGAUUUGCUGCGGAGCACAUCGACCUCACCUACAAUUGCAUUGUGUUCUAUUAUUGUACCAUUUCACGAUGUCUGCAUACGCUUCCGAAUACCCGUCAGUCGAGUUCGAUGCGGCUUACAAGAAGUUCUUCGAGGAGUUCUACGCAACGUCAGAUACGCCAGAUGCGCAUGAGAAGUACGUUGAGAACUUCACCAAAGAUGCGACAUUGGUAAUGGCAUCGAAGAAGGCCCAGGGCUCUGAUGAGAUCCUUGCGCUGCGUAAAGGAAUGUGGGAGAAAGUGGCUAGCAGGAAGCACAAGGCCAUCAAGAUCUUCCCCUUCGGCCCCAACUCUGACGAAUGCAUGCUGUACGGGACUGUUCAGUAUGGCUUGAAGGCCGGCGGUGAGUCUGGUCUCGACUGGGCAGCGCGUGCGCAUCUCGUCAAAGAUAAUGGAAGAGUCAAGAUAGACUUCUACCAGGUUUAUUUGGACACUGGUGCGCAGAGUAAAUAGAUUGCUAGUCGAGAAUGACACGAAGUUGUGUAAACCUGAUGCGAUUGCGAAACAACAGAGCCAUUGAUACUGGAACAAGGUACCGUGGGCGUUGUUCUGAGAUACCCCCAUAACAUAUUCGAUCACGAGGCAAUUGUCUAGCUCACACUUUGUCCAUCACGAAGAGUCUCUCUUCCUGUUCGAUAUGUAAUUCUUGCACCUUGACGUGCC